CCACAAACACGCAACCCACGUCAGACACCCUGAGCUGCCGACUCUUUUCCUCCCCUUUCCAAACUCUCAGCUGAAACGCGAGGCGUUUUCCACUUUCUCUCAGAACUCUAAUGACAGAUAACAGUAUCAGUGAUGAUGACACAAUAACAUCAGUUGAUAAUUCAGUUGAAAAGCUUCCUGAUCAUCUCCUGAUAGAAAUUUUGAUUCGAGUUCCUGUUUCAGAUUGGGCACAAAUAUCAUGUGUGAAAAAGCAAUGGACCAAUUUGUUUCGGGGAGAGUGCUUGUGGCAAGCUGCUCUAGUCAAGACUUAUCCUUUGGCUGGUCAAGCUAAAAGGUGGCCUGGACCUAUCCCUCGAGGGUUGAGCCAAAGGAGAUUUACAGCUUUAUACGUUAGCAAACACAUCUUUGCUUUGGAAGGUGAGAUAGACGAGCUUGUUGGGCACACUUAUCUGUUUUUGAAAGAGCAACUUGAACUUUCCACUAUGCCACCUCCUUCGGGGAUACUUCAUGGAACCAUAAUUGAUCAAUUUAUUGCUUGUGGCAAAUCAAGUGACAUGGCCCAUGAGCUUGCUUCACAGAUCUGGCUGGCUGUUCUUGACAGUUUGGAGGAAAAUGAGCACACGUUUUGCUUGCUUAAAAGUCUUGCACAAGAGGGUGAUGUUUUUCUUCCAUAUCCUUACUCUAGAUCAACCAAAGUCCAAUGGAGGGUGUUUGAAAAGCUCUUCACUGAUUUCCGUGACUGCUUUAGUCAUCUAGAUUAUUAUGAUGUAUUGGCAUGUGCCAAGAACAAGUUUCAGCCGAUACCAUCUGCUUGGUUAGGUUACUAGCCCAUUUGAAAUGCGUAUCUUGAACCACAGCAAUUAUUUGUACAUAUGAUUGUAACUGUUGCCUUCAAUGCCUUGGACCUUGCUAAGUUGUGAAAAUCCCUAUACAAUGUAAGAGAAAAGAAACUGUAUAUUCUUGUA